CUUUCAGAUUGCUGGUCGCCACGAGCGGGACGCCCGCGCGUCCGCCAUUUUGCAUUCGCGCGUAUUUUCGUUCACAAAUAAGUGUUUUAAAAAUAAUUUUUAUCUGUUCUGUGGGAUAUGAUAUUGUACGGGUGGACUUGAACUUCCAUUGCUGAAAGAAGAUAGCAAUAUAAGUCCAUUCAAUUAACAUCAUAUCAGAAAUAAAUCAAUCAUUAGAAGUGUUUCAUAUUAUCGCAAGUUGUAGAUACAUAAAAAUAUUGGUAAACGAAUAAAAUACAAACUAAAAUUUAUUAUGUCAAUUUUUAUUCGAUAUACAUCGUUUAUUUACUCCAAUAAACUAAUGUAUAAAUCGGCAAACGUAAUUUGUUGUUGGUGAAUUUUGAAAAAUUCGUUAGGUUAUUGAAAAGAGAUAGCUAUAUAUAGUGGCUGAGGGAAAGAAAGAGAUGUCGUUAGUGGCACCGCGGCGGGUCCAGCUAGACUGGGCCCACUCUAUACCAUGGGAGCAGACGGGGUGCGAAAGGGAGGCCUCCUACGGUGACGUACAGCCGCACUCCACGCAUCGAUCCAAAUCUUCCUCGUCAUCAGCUGACACAGCAUCCCAAGGAUCAGAGUCGGCAGAGCAAGCGCCGAAACCGAGGAAAAAUGAACAGCAGAGAGAGGUGCGUCGGCCGCAGCCGGCAGCGCCCCGCGUCCAGCCCAACCCACUGUUGAGGUCGCGCACGCUCCCGAACUUCGGCAACCGGUCGAAGGAGGCGUCCCGCUGCGACACGUCGCGGCGCGCGCACCACAUCACCAUGGCAACCGAGGACCUGCUGCAGCCCGGACACGUGGUCAAGGAGAGAUGGAAGGUGAUAAAGAAAAUAGGAGGCGGUGGUUUCGGCGAGAUCUACGAGGGUCUCGACCUGGUGACGCAGGAGCAGGUCGCCCUGAAGGUGGAGUCGGCGCGCCAGGCCAAGCAGGUGCUGAAGAUGGAGGUGGCCGUGCUGAAGAAGCUUCAGGGCAAGGAGCACGUGUGCCGCUUCAUCGGGUGCGGUCGGAACGCGCGCUUCAACUACGUGGUGAUGCAGCUGCAGGGCCGCAACCUCGCCGAGCUGCGGCGCGCCCAGCCGCGCGGCGCCUUCUCGCUCUCCACCACGCUCAGAUUGGGUAUUCAGAUUUUAAAAGCGAUAGAUUCAAUACAUUCGGUGGGAUUCUUGCAUCGAGAUAUUAAACCUAGCAACUUCAGCAUCGGGCGGCACCCGUCGAACUGCCGGCGCGUGUACAUGCUGGACUUCGGGCUCGCGCGCCAGUACACCACCAGCACCGGCGCCGUGCGCCCGCCGCGCGCCGCCGCCGGCUUCCGAGGCACAGUCCGCUACGCCUCAAUAAACGCCCACAAGAACAAGGAGAUGGGGCGGCACGACGACCUGUGGUCCCUCUUCUACAUGCUGGUCGAGUUCGUCAACGGCCAGCUGCCCUGGAGGAAGAUCAAGGACAAGGAGCAGGUCGGGCUGAUGAAGGAGAAGUACGACCACCGGCUGCUGCUGAAGCACCUGCCGUCGGAGCUGCGGCAGUUCCUGGAGCACGUGCAGGCGCUGGAGUACGCGGACGCGCCGGACUACGCGCUGCUCGGCGCGCUGCUCGAGCGCUGCUGCCGCCGCCGCGGCGUGCGCGACGCAGACCCCUACGACUGGGAGAAGGAGGCGCCGAGUUUGCCGGCGUCUCGCGCGCGGGUCGCGCUGCAGCCCGCGCCCGAGCUGCCCGCGCAGCCCGACGUGCCCGAAGUGCAGGCGCGGCGGCGCGCGGAGGCGGAGGCGGGCGCGGCGACCGACACGCACAGCAACGUGCUGGCCGAGCGCCGCCACGCGCAGCUCAACGGCUACCAAUCGACAACAACAGAAAAGCAAGAGAAAGAGAAAGAGCCAGAACCUAGAACUACGCCGGCGCCGUCACCUGAUCGACAUGUUAAGGAGACAAGCACAUCGGCGUUGGGCAGCAACACCGCGACGAGACCGGAGCGCCAGAGCGUGCCGCCGUGCAAGCCGAGACCUAAUGCUGGCGGUCCCACUUUGGCCCGGCUGCGCGUGGUCACAGCGCCGCCGACUUGCGUACAAGAGUUGCAAGCUUCGCCAGCUGGCGAAUCCAGCAGUCCGCGUAUAGUGGCCGAUGUGGACAGUGUACACUCCGACACACAUUUCAAGCGUGGCGCGCGGCGCGGGCGCGGCGCGGGCGCGCGCGGCGAGCAGAGCUACACGCAGUUCGCCGUCAUGGACGACGACAACGUGUCCGCGCUGCAGCAGGUGACCCGCGGCGGCGCGCUGACGCUGGUGUCGCUGUGGAAAUCGCAGUUCGACGACUCGUCCGACACUACCGACAACGAGUGGCGGCACGAGCACGCGCAGUCGCCCGAGCACCGCGCCAACCGCGCGUCCGCCAUCUCCUCCAGCUCCAAGGAGCCGCGCACCCAGCUGCCGCUCACCUCGCAGCAACACACCUCGCAGCAACACACGCAACACACGCACUCGCAGCAACACACGCAACCGACACAACAGACGCAACAGACGCAACCGACGCAGCACACGCAGAUCAGCGUGCACGUGCCGAGCGUGAAGGAGGUGGUGAAGGAACGCGUGUCGCCGGUGCAGCAGGGCGGCGCCGACAAGGAGGCGAAGCGCGAAGCGGGCGAACGCGAGCGGGGCGAGGCGCGCGGCGCGCGGGCGGCGCGGGCGGCGCGCUGCUGCGUGCGCGGCGCGGGCGCCGAGCGGUUCGCGCGCGUGCUGCCCGCGCUGCCGCGCAGCUGGUCGCUGCCGGCCAUCGGGUCGCACGUGCGCGCGCUGCAGCCGCCGCUGCUGCAGCAGGCGUCGUUCGACGACGGCAGCGGCGCGGCGCUGCGGUACCGCGUGGACGCGGCGCGCGGGGUCGCCGCCCGCCUGCCGCCGCACGAGCCCGACCCGCCGCCGCCGCCGCGCGCGCGCAGCCUGCCCGUGAGUCCGUCCCCCCAUAGACAUGCAAAUGCAGUUAGAGAAGCAGUUUUAGAAGCAGACGUCGUUCUUAAUUUAAUUAAUAAUCUAGUUCUUCUGUAUAAAAAUAUAAAGAUCGAGCGCACUUGCGCGUGCCCUCAGAGCGUGUCGCGGUCAAGCGGGUCGAGCGGGGCGAGCGGGCCGCCGUCGCCGGCGCGCGCCGCCCCCGCCGCCCCCGCCGGCCCCGCCGCGCCCGCGCGCGAGACCACCGUCUCCAGCCGCCUCGAAAUCCGCGUGCGCCCCGCGCCCGGCUCCGCGGACCCGCACUCCGUGCGCAUCCAGUCGGUGGUGUGCGGCGCGGCGGGGGCGGGCGGGGCGGCGGGGGCGGCGGGGGAGGCGCGCGCGGAGGACGCCUCCGUGUACUACGACGCGACCGACCACCAGCGGGACAAGCGUUCGUCGACUCGCAGCGCGGACAAGAGCCACAGCCCCGCCCUAGAGAGGACCAGACUCGAUGCUAUACAGGACAGAAGCAGUUCAAUUCGACGAGACGGCAGCGCCGCCGGAGACGCGUCGAGCCUUAGAGAUCGCUCGUCGGGCAGCGGGUCCCGCAUCCCGGUGGCGCGGGGCGGCGGGGGCGUGCCCGGGGCCGGCGGGGGCGGGGGCGGGGGCGCGGGGGAGAACCGGCUCGCCAAGUGCGCCUCGUGGGCCGGCGCGCCGCACGCCAACGAUGCGACCCAUAGAGUGGACGACUUGACGCCCGCGCUGCGUCGUCGGCGCCAGAACGCGGACAAGUACGCGGCGGACCCGGCGCGGGAACUGAACCUGCGCUUCGCGCGGCCGCGGCACAGGCACUCCGCCGCCGCGCAGGCCGUCAACAACAGCCGCGCGAACAGCGCGCCGCGCGAGCCGGCCCCUUCGCGCUCGGGCUCCUCCUCCUCGCCCUCUCCACCUCCCCCGCCGCCGCCCCCGCUCGCCCCCGGCCCCGCUGGCGCCAGCGGGAACGGGAAUGGGGCGAGCGGGGCGAGCGGGGCGGGGCCGGUGCCGCCCGCCCCGGGGGCAGCCCCGCCGGCGCACAACGCGGCGCGCGCGAGGCGCUUCCGCCCGCUGUCUAUCGCGCCCUAGCUCAGAUCUGACGAGCAGGUGUGACGGCAGCGAGACGACAUACGUACCUCAACGUGUCAUAUGUAACCACAUAUUGUCACUCACCCGAAUAUAUCAGAGCGAUACUUUCGUGAACGUAGCUAUUUAUAUAUUCUAUGUACAAAUGACGUCACGAUUCUUUUCACAAAACUUGACAUUGGGUGUCAUGUCAAAAAUGUCAUGUCAAUGCGUGUUAUGUUGAUAUAAAUGUCAUGGGUGCCGUCUUGUUUGACUAUGCGAUUUUUUUAUAUGACAUAUGAUUUUUUUCUAAUAUUACUUUAAAUUUGAAAAGCUAUAUCUUAAACGAUGUUUUAAAGGUAACGUUACGUAGCGUUUACGUAUAACGAGCUAUUUUACGUGAUGCAAUGAGCUGUGAUCACUCUGCAUUCGUUAAUGAUUGAAGAAAAACAAUUUGGUUGUGAAUACAUAAGUCUAUGUUCUUUAGUUAAUGCUGGGUGACGAUGGUGCACAAAUAAU